AUGACCUGCCUUCACUCUAACUGGAGUGCCUGGAAGGUGGCCGUAACGGCCGCGACCCUCGUCGCCGGGGUUCUUGGUGACAACAUUCUCAAGACAUCUGGUGUUGCUGACUGCGGUUCAGAGCCCGGUAUCAGCAUUGACAAGUUGGAUAUUAGUUACGACAACGAUAAACAAACUGUCACUUUCGAUGUUGCGGGUACCAGCGACAAGCAGCGAAAUGUCUCGGCCAUCCUCGAAGUCAACGCAUAUGGCCGCAAGGUCUACGAGAAUUCAAUCAACCCCUGCAGCAAAGACACUCCCAUCCCACAGCUCUGCCCUCUCCCCGACAAGCAUUUCGCUGCCGCUGGAAGCCAAAAGAUAGACUCGGAGUGGGCCAACAAAGUUCCUUCCAUUGCUUUCCAGGUCCCUGAUAUCUCAGCUCAAGCAACUCUCCGACUCGUAUCAGUCGACAAUCCCGAAGAGCAGGUUGCGUGUUUCCAGGCUCAGGUCGGCAAUGGAAAGACGGCCUCGGUUCCCGCAGUCACUUAUCUUUCUGUUGGUGUUGUUGGCGCCGCCCUUCUCGUCUCGGGUGCAUCCGCAGCUUCGUCCGCUCUUAGUGGUACUGCAGGCGCUGGACAUGGCGGUGCUCCUAGUCCAAGCUUUGCCGAGACUCUCGGAUGGUUUCAGGGUAUGGCCAUGAAUGGCAUGCUUUCAGUGGACUACCCCCCUGUCUACCGCAGCUUUGUCAAGAAUUUUGGCUUCUCAGCCGGUAUCAUCCCAUGGGAGUCACUGCAGAAGUCUAUCGAUAACUUCCGUAACAUGACCGGAGGUGAUCUCACCAACGACAGCUUCGACGUACUCAGAAAUGCUACACUGGUCUUCUCCGAUAACUCUACUAGCCCUCCCGAGGAUCACUCGUAUAAAGUUAAGCGCGCUUUCAACACUUUUGAGUCCUUGGCCAACCUGGCCAUCCGCGGCGUCGAGACUUCAGUGGGAGAUGCGUCGGAGAGUGAAGGUGGGCAAAGCCUCAAGAACCAGACCCUCUCGGUUGCUGGAAUCUCAGCCUACGUUCAGCAGUAUAGUGUUCCCAAGUCCAACACUUUUAUGACGGUUCUGCUCGUUGUCGCCAUCAUCAUCGCGACCAUCAUUGUCAGUAUUCUUCUCGUCAAGGCCAUCCUCGAAUUCUGGGCUCUGUUUGGCAGCUUUCCGCAAUCUCUAUCUGGAUUCCGUGAGCAUUACUGGGGUUCCAUUGCCCGAACCAUCACUCACCUAAUUCUCGUCCUCUACGGUAUCUGGGUAUUGUAUUGUGUGUUUCAGUUCACAGUGGGUGACUCAUGGGUCGCACAGCUAUUAGCUGGUGUCACGCUUGCAAUCUUUACAGCUAUCCUUGGUUGGUUUACUUGGAAAAUCUUCAGUACAGUCAAGAAACUGAAGAGCACUGAGGGCAACGCUGAUGCCUUGUACAACGAUAAGGAGAUUUGGGUCAAGUACUCUCUUUUCUAUGAGUCCUACAAGAAAGACUACUGGUGGAUCUUCAUUCCCACAAUAGUCUAUCUCUUUGCAAAGGGCUGCACUCUCGCUGUUGGCGAUGGCAAUGGCAUGGCUCAGACCAUUGCCCAGCUUGUCGUUGAGUCCAUUUUCUUGUGUCUUCUCGUCUGGACUCGACCCUUCGAGCGAAAGUCUAGCAACAUCAUUGGCAUCGCCAUUCAGUCGGUUCGCGUCCUGUCUGUUGCUCUCAUUCUUGUCUUUGUUCAUGAGCUCAAGAUUCCCCAGGACAGCAAGACAAUCGCUGGUGUAGUCCUCAUCGCAGUCCAGUCUGCUCUGACUGGUCUCUUGGUCAUCCUCAUCAUCUGGAACGCGAUCAAUGUUCUCGUCAAGGAGAACCCACACCGCAAGCGAAGAAAGGAGAUGGAGAAAGCCAAGCGUGAUAUGGACACUCUCACACCUCUGGAUGCCCGGAAUUCUCUGCUCCUUGACCGCAAGGACAACAACAACAUCUCCAUGUUCGCCAUGCCUGCUCCUCAAGAAAAGGUCUCGGGCCGAUCCAUGUCCCUUGACCAAUACAGGGACGCUGAGUCAGGAUAUCAACAACCACCACCGAACUACCUGUCUUCGAGCCCCCCUAUGCAACGAAACCUCACCAACAUGGAGCACAACAACGACUCUCAGUAUCUGAUGGACAACGCAGCACCUGUAGCGUGGACCAACCGAGACCCAAGUCCAGUGGGCAUGGGAAGAUACGACUCUGGAGAUACCAGCUACAGCCCUCUCAACAAGCAACAAACAUAUGGGUAUGGAAAUGGAGGUGGUUAUAGAGGGUUUUGA